AUGAACUGCAUCAGAUCUUGCUGGGAUCGGGAGGAUCGAAAAGGAGUCUAUAGCUGCCCUCAGUGCAGGAAAAAGUUCCCAAMGAGGCCWGGACUGGUGAAAAACAUUGUGUUAGCAGAGUUGGUGGAGGAUCUUAAGAAGAUUGGACUACAAGCAGCUCCGGCUGGUCACUACUACGCUGGACCUGAAGACGUCGCCUGUGAUGUCUGCAGUGGGAGGAAGAGGAAAGCUGUCAAGUCCUGUCUGGUCUGUUUAGCCUCGUUUUGUGAGAAACACAUCCAACCUCAUUAUGAGUCUUUUACUUUUAGUAAACAUAAACUUGUUGAAGUUUCAGCGAAGCCCCAGCAGAACUUCAGCUCUCGUCAUGAUGAGGUGAGGAAGAUUUUAUUCGAUAAAUAUAAAAGAGAUCGAAAUGAAGCAGAAAGGACAGAGAAACCGGAGUUUGAGGUGAUGCGACAACAACUUAAGCAGAGAUUUCAGAACCGUGAGAAAGAUGUGAAACUGCUUCAGCAGAAGAUGGAGUGCAUCAGCGUCUCUGAUGAUAAAACAGAGGAGGACAGCAAGGCGUCAUUUCCCUCCUCUGACAAAAGGAGGGUGAAGAGCAGACCUUUAUCUGUGCCGCUACCUCCUGGUCCAGACCCAGUCCCAGCUGGUGGUGUCUCUCCAAACAUGAAGAAACUGAUCAAAAACUUCAACAAAGACCAACCAGCACCUGUACCCACCUCCAUUCCAACAAAGAUUUGUGGGAAAUGUGGCAAGGAUCUGUCCAGCACUGAACCAGCUUUGAAGGCAAUGGGCAAACUCUUCCACCCCAGCUGUUUCUGCUGCAAAAGCUGUCAUCGCCCCCUGCAGGGCAUGCAGUUCUAUGUCAAGGAAGGCUCUCCAGAGUGUAAAUGUUGCUAUGUGACUUUCCUGCCUCCCUGCUCUAAAUGUGGAGAGAAAAUCACUGAUCGUAUCCUGAAGGCCAUGGGAAAGUGCUUCCAUGUCCGAUGCUUCCUGUGCAGCACCUGCUCCUGCAACCUGGAUGGACUCCCAUUUAUCGCAGGUGAAGACGACAAGCCCUACUGCGUACAGGAUUACCACAAGCGUUUCUCUCCUCAGUGUGAAACCUGUAAAGAACCCAUUGUUCCGGCUCUGGGCAGUGAAGAAACUGUGAAACUGGUGGCUCUGGGGAAGAACUACCACAUCAAGUGUUACCAAUGUGAGGACUGUGCUCGUCCAUUUUCAUCUGAAGUAGAUAAAUAUCAAGGUCAUCCUGUGGAUGGCAGGAUUCUGUGUACUAAGUGUCACACCAAGAGGACCAAGAUGUGAUUGGCUGAUGCAGGAUCUUUAGGUUGGACCAAAUUUAAAAGCAUAUUAAUUAAAGUAAUAAUUUCAAUUCACAAAACAAUAUUUGACAACUUCAUGUUGUAGCAGGUUCUACACUGAAUUAAUGCCUCUUUUUGGCAGAUUUCUUAUGUACGUUUUCCAAACAACUUUGUUAUUUAAAGUGCAGCAUAUUGUAAAGCACUUCGUAGAUUUUAUCCAAAUAAUUGUUUUAAAAUUUCAUAUCCAAUAAGAUGAGGC